CCCCACCCCUAUCUCCAGCUCUCUCCUCUAUAUAAGGGCAACAGCUGGUCCUGUGCACCAGAGAGCCGCUGCAGCUUCACGCACUCUGAGCAGAAGCACAGGCAGAUGAAGAAGAGGAGGAGGAGGAAGAACGUGAGGACGGCUGGCUCUUUAGUGCAAAAUUGAAGCAUUUACAUGGGAGCGAUAAUGCGCUGAAGAGGAGCUAAUAGGACGCGAGGACGUUUUGGGAUGCCUCUUGGACAUUGCUCAACUUCUGCUUUGCACUUUUCAGCGUAAAGAGACAUCAACGAUUAUUAUUUUGUACUCUGGAAUGUGCCUGACCUGCGCCGCUUUUGUGGUGCUGAAAGGACAGCGACAACGACUGGCUGGCUUAAGGGAGCUGACCAGUUCUGAAGGACCCAACAGGGGAGAGGAAUUUAAGUCACAGUAGCAAACCGGGACCUUUUUAUUUAUUUAUUUAUUUAGAAUUUUUUAAAAUUUACACUAUUGGAAUGCCAAUACCACCGUUUUUUAGGGGGAAUAAACUUUUAAAAUAACUUUUCAUAGCGUGUAAAGUAGUAGGAGUGCACGUGUGCGCACGCACGUGUGUGAGUGCCAUCAUGCCUCGCUCUUUCUUGGUAAAGAAAGUCAAGCUGGAUGACAUUUCAGCCGCUGAGCUGGAGAGCUCCUACUGUCACGGUCGACGCGGGGAGUUGAGCCUACGAUUCCAUCAUCAUAAAGGUUACGAGCGGGAUUAUUUGAGCCCGUCUCCGUACGACGACCCGGUUCGCAGUGACCUGCCCGCCAUCUCCAAAGCGCCCUCCUCCCCUCCCCGCCCGUCAAUCAUCUACAGUCGCAUCAAUGGCGGCUACGCGGGCGACAUCCACGGCGACUCGGACCAGCCCGACAGCCCCCGCUCGGAGGUGUCGUCGGCGGCCAGCGGCUACAUCAACGGGGACGCCGGCAUCGGCGAGGCCUACUCGGUGGACGCCUUCUUUAUCGUGGACGGCCGGUCGAGACGGAAGGCGGCGGCGCCGGCGGCGGCCGUAGACGGCGCGAGCAGGCCCGGAGCCCCGCAGAGGCACUCGUGCGGCGAGUGCGGCAAGACGUACGCCACGUCGUCCAACCUGAGCCGCCACAAGCAGACGCACCGCAGUAUGGACAGCAAGAUGGCCAAGAAGUGCCCCACGUGCGGCAAGGUGUACGUGUCCAUGCCCGCCAUGGCCAUGCACCUGCUGACGCACGACCUCAAGCAUAAGUGCGACGUUUGCGGCAAGGCCUUCAGCCGCCCGUGGCUGCUGCAGGGUCACAUGCGCUCGCACACGGGCGAGAAGCCCUUCGGCUGCGCGCACUGCGGCAAGGCCUUCGCCGACCGCUCCAACCUGCGCGCGCACAUGCAGACGCACUCGGCGUUCAAGCACUACAAGUGCAAGCGCUGCGACAAGACCUUCGCGCUCAAGAGCUACCUGAACAAGCACUACGAGUCGGCGUGCUUCAAGGGGGCCUUCUCGCCCAUCAGCUCGCUCGGUGAGUGACGCCUCAACGUUUUGGCCAUCCGGAUGCUUCCGGGCAUGGACUCGUCGUCUUCCGUCCGCGCUCGGGCCCACUUUUCACUGGCUGCCACGAGGGCUCGGAUUGCGCACCGUGGGCUUCGGUCAGGCGGUGGCAAGCAGGACGCUUGGCCUUCAGUGGGGACUCACCUGACCUAAUUCACCUCUUCAUACCACCACUAUCACUUUACAGUUCGAGAAACCAUGC